CUUCUCAAUCAAGUCUCGAUAACCAAUCUUCACACAUCACUCCCCACUAUGCUCAAAAGACUCGCGCAUACGAGGCAGUCGUCAUGGGUGUGUUCACGAUGCUUCCAGCAAUCGCAGCAACCUCGUCGAUUCAAUAGCAACUUCGGCGCAACCUCCAUCUCACGCGACCCAGAAUCCUCGCCUUCAGCAUCAAACCUGUUUGGCCUCUCCGCAAAGAGCACAAAGGAAGAUGAUCAAGCGCUCCGCAAAAUCUUCGACGAUGCCGAUUUCUGGGCUGACUCUCGCCGCGCCUCGAAGUCAGGUAAACCGACCGGUAUUGCGGGUAACAAGUUUCUGAGCCAACCUGGAGGCUUCAAGGAGUUCGCAGACAUCACACUGCAACGAUGCAGCGCCGCCGUGGAGAAGGUCAGUCGGGCCAGCAGUAUUAAAGAAUACAAGGGUCUGGUGAAGGACCUAGACCGGUUGAGUGAUCUCCUGUGCAGUGUCAUAGAUCUGGCAGACUUCGUUAGGAGCACUCAUCCGGACCGGCGGAUGCAAAUGGCAUCCCACAACGCAUAUGCGAUGACACUUCAGUACAUGAACAAGUUGAAUACCACUACCAUCUUGAACGAUCAGCUGAAAAAGGCUGCCGGGAUUCCGGAGGUAUGGAACAGCUGGAGCGAGCAAGAGCAGGUUGUGGCAAAGAUAUUGAUGGCAGACUUCUCGCGUAGUGCUAUCGAAAUGCCCGAAAGCGCCAGACAACAGUUUGUGGAUUUGAGCGGCGAGAUUGCGCAAGUUGGCACCGAGUUUGUAGAGCAGAUGGGUCCACAGACUGCCUACCUGCAGUUUGACUCGAGGAGGAUGAAGGGUUUCCCACCGAACAUGGUACAAGCAUUGACCACAUAUAGAAAGACCAGGAUUGGUACGAUGAAUCAUGAGGCGCAGGUCGCACUCAGUCAUGUUGAAGAUGCGGAAGUUCGGAGAGAACUGUACAUGGCAGUGAGGACAGCGGACAGACCGAGCAUCGCCAGGCUGGAGAAAAUGCUGAAGAAGCGCGCUGACUUGGCGAAGCUCUCUGGAUACGAAACGUUCGCACAUAUGGCCUUGGAGGACAAAAUGGCCAAGAGCCCGGAAGCUGUGAACCAGUUCUUAGGUGCAUUGGCACAGGAUAGCAAACAUCAAGUCAGCGCAGAACUACAGGAGUUAUUGGAGCUGAAGAAGGCAGAUGCUCAUUUGGAUAACAACCCAAAUCAGAUCAAUGCCUGGGACAAGUUCUAUUACAGCCACAAGGUGCUCUCGGGUAUGAACAGUAAACUGCGGACACCAGAUUUUCUUUCGGCAUACUUCUCGAUCGGAACUGUCAUGCAAGGUCUUUCACGGCUUUUCGAUCGUCUAUACGGCUUGCGUCUCGUUCCGCGCCACACCCAACCUGGGGAAGUAUGGGAAGAAGACGUGAGACGUCUAGAUGUCGUUUCUGAUACCGACGGGCACGUCGCCGUACUCUAUUGCGAUCUAUUUUCACGUCCAGGCAAGACACCGAACCCCGCGCACUUCACCCUUCGCUGCUCCCGUGAGAUCUCAGCAGGAGAAGUCGAGGAAAUGACACAUAUAGAACACAACUUCCCACCAAAUCUUUUUUCUUCUCCACUCGAGAUCGCUACUAGCGGCAUGGAUGCAUCAUUCAACAAGAAGACGGGUUCACAUUUCCAGCUGCCAACGAUUGCACUCAUCUGCGACUUCUCGAAACCUCAACAUCGACGGCCUACUCUCUUGAACUUCAACGACGUCCGCACUCUGUUCCACGAAAUGGGUCACGCAUUGCAUUCCUUCCUAGGCCGUACAGCCCUACAGAAUGUGUCAGGUACACGCUGUGCCACAGACUUUGCAGAACUACCAUCAGUCUUAAUGGAACACUUUGCUACCUGCCCAAGUGUGCUAGGCCUCUUCGCUCGCCAUUGGGAAACGGAUGCCCCAUUGCCCGUGGCCGCCCUCGAAAACCGCCUGGCGAUUGACAUACGCAUGCGGCCCGCCGAAACGGAAGCCCAAAUCCUCCUCGCCAUGCUCGAUCAAGCAUAUCAUUCGAGCCUGCCACUCUCUCCGGACUUCUCGAGCACAGAAGUGUACCAUGAUGUAUACAACACGUACGCGUCUGUCCCUGAACCCGCCGGCACAGCGUGGCAGGGCUUCUUUGGUCACCUCUACGGCUAUGGUGCUACGUACUACAGCUACCUCUUUGACCGCGCCAUUGCAGGCAAGAUAUGGACCGAUGUGUUUCAAAAAGACGGCAAACACAGCAGUAUAGACCGCGAGAACGGCGAGAAAUACAAGGAGGAGGUGCUUAGAUGGGGUGGUGGGAGAAGUGGGUGGAAAUGCAUCGCAGGAGUACUUGGGGAUGCUAAGUUAGCAGAAGGUGGGGAAGUGGCGAUGAAGGAGGUUGGCAAGUGGGGCGUUAGAGAACCAGGUGAGAAAUAGAUGGGCAGUGGAGAAGCAAGAGCGACAUAAUUUUUUGCCCAUUCCUAGUACAAGGUGAGGGCAGGCGGACGACAUUUUCCUCUUAGUUGUCUAGUUUCCUCGUGUACAUAGAGAGUUUACCAUUCCUUGUAACAUUAGGUACAUACAACUUAUAGGUACAUGAAAACACGUACACACAGAGAGAGUGACACGAAUCGCAAAAGUCCCCGCUGUGGUGUCGUGGUAGACCAGCAUAUGUAUUCUCUGGAUAUGUAUGCCAAUCUUUGCUCACCCCAGUGUGCAGUUCUUCGACCACACCCUCGAAACCUUAAAACUUCGCCCCCCUGAUCAAAGCACAACAUUCAACCAUCUUACGAUUUUUGAUUUCAUGAACUACAACCUUUGUAUCAAGUAAAUGAAGAAGAAUGAACAGGUCAACAUCCACAAGCUCAACCCCCCGCCCUCAACAACCCCACCUACUCUCUCCCCCUAGAUACAUUCGAACCCCGGAAAGAACAGAAAAUCUAACCAAAGAUUGAAAAGUGAAGAACCAAGUUGUCUCCAGCCUUACAUAGUCUUACCCAUACCACAGCCCACACAACUCAACGAAGAACCAUCCGUCGUCACUCCUAACCAUCCAUCGUGUGUUGUACUAGCCAGCCACUCGUCGACCUUCCAUCGAUCUCCGCAAAGGUCUACCUGCCUAC